AUGCCAAGAAAGGCCAAAGAUGUAGCAGGAGCUCUCGGAGUCCUCUCCUUUCGUAGCACCGACGUGUUGUGUUUCCUGUUUUUUCCCCUCAAUGGCUUUGGCGAGCAAGGGUGGGCAGCGUAUGCUGUCGCACUUGCGCCCCUCUCCGACCCGGUGGGUUGGAACGCGUGGCUGCCGCCUCGGCCACAGUUCUUGGGGGCCGCUGUCAGCACCGGCAAGGACGGCACCGGCAUUGGCACCACCACCUUCAUCGACCGUCAACAUCAAGACAGCCGCCGCCUGCUUCUCCACACACCCGCCAGCAAGAUCCGCCGAGGACCCGAUCCUGCAAGCCAAGAUGCUGCAAAUCAGAUCUCGACUGGUUCCCACAGCGAAUCAGGCUGCGAACCGAUCCUCCUGUCGUUGCAACAAGAGCUGACCUUCAACCUAGAUCAACCACAAUCAAGCUCAAAGUCAGAACCUACCACUCCUAGAGCCCAAGAUGGCGGCGAUAGUCUUCCCAAGAAGAUGCUCGAGUCCGCCGCGACGUCGUUCGCCUCCAUUCUCGUCCUUGCUGUCGGCUUCGCAGUGGCAGGCUAUGCUUACCACAAGACGUACAAGCGCAUUGUCCUGAAGAAGAUGACCCGCGCCUUCACGCCUGGUGACCCCGUUCUUGAGCUGGCCGCUAUUGGGAAGGAAGUGCCGCAAACCUCCGCCGAGGCCGAUGAUCGGUGGGUGCAGCGGCCAGAGCAGGCACGCGUCGAUAGAAUUAUCGACGGGUCAGAGGCUGGGCACUAUUUUUUGCUCAUGGGCGAGAAGGGGACCGGCAAGAGCAGCAUGCUGAUCGAGGCCAUGCGUAAAAUCGACGGCGAAGGCGUGGCCAUGUUUGAGGCCCACGCAGACUUGGAAAUUGUGCGCAUACGCCUCGGCAAGGCCCUCGACUUUGAGUUCCAUGAGGACUACAUUGGCGGUUACUUCAGCGAACGCGGUCCUCGCGACACGACGGCUCUGUUGGAUAUCGAACGUGCCCUCAACAAGCUUGAAAAAGUUGCUCUGGUCAACCGUGAAACGCGAAAGAAGCCCCUGGUUGUCAUCAUCAACCAGAUGCACCUGAUCCGCGACGAUGACGAUGGCAAGGACUUGAUCGAACUUCUUCAGCAACGUGCCGAACAGUGGGCGGCGUCCAACCUCGUGACGAUGGUCUUCAACACGGAUGACUACUGGGUAUACGAGCGAUUCAAGCAACUGGCUACGCGUAUGGAGAUCAUGUCGGUGCGCGACCUGCCCAAACGCCAAGCCAUCGCAGCUCUCGCAAAGUACCGCAUGAAAUACUUUAACGAGAAAUUGAGCCCAACGAGACUUGAGGAGGUAUAUGACCUCGUGGGCGGCCGCCUCUCGUUCUUGAACCGCGUUGCUAAAAGCAGAGAUAUGAUUGCUACGUGCAAAUCCAUCUGUGAGGUCGAGAAAACAUGGUUCCUCAACCAGUGCUGGAUUCUCGGCGCGGAGAUGGACGACGAUGUGAUGGACCAGCAGAAGUGGGCUGCCGGCGCUAUGGUUCUCGCUCAAGCCCUCGUAGAUGAGGAAGAAGACAUGGAGCUGUAUGACGACGAAAAGGGUCACGUACUGCCCAGGUUCCCGAUGCACAAGGCGCAGCAAAUCAUGACGCGUGCCGACUUCAUACGUGACAUGGACCGGCUCAACCUGUUUAGUAUCGCCGCCAAUGCUGAGGUCCGCGCCUCAUCUGUACCGAUGCACCGCGCGUUCCAAGAGAUCUGCGCCGAGAAGGGCUUCCGGGAUCAUCUGGAGGCUACGAUCCAGCGUAUCGGUGACAUUGAGUCCCUUGGCCGCACGCGCGAGCUUGUCGCCAAGGACCUUGUCCUCGGUGGCAAGUACCAGAUUGCUCGUGACGGCAAGAACGGUGUUACCGUCAAGCUUGUUGAGGGUGAAGAUUGA